AUGAAUGUGUAUGUGGACAACUAUAAUGAAUCAAUGUUCGAAUGGAUUGAGGAAGAGGAAAAUGAAGAUCAAGACUAUAGCUGUGAAAAGGAUGAAGACUCAAUCUUGUCAGUCACUUAUUCUAUUGACCAUGAAGAAGAUGAUGCUGAAUAUCCAUUCCCAGCCAACAAAACCAUGGGUGACAGGUUCUUAAACAAAUUUUGUCUACAUAGAUUAAAUGUAGAUGAUCUAUAUGACGAUGCUGAAUAUGUUCAACCUCAAUACCCUGUACAUGAUGAUAGACAACCAUGGAAUCGGAUGAAACCACUGUUAGGUAUGCGAUUUUCUAACCCUGAUGAGCUUAAAAACAUGUUGAGCAACUAUGCAGUUGCUAAUGGAUAUGAUCUUUGGUUUGAAAAAAUGACUCCUAAAGGGAGGGAUGAAAACAACCACAUCUACCCUAUAACAUGGGCUCUAGUUGGGGUUGAGAACAAGGCCACAUGGAAGUGGUUCAUAGAUCUCCUCAUGGAUGACAUUGAUGGUGGUCUUGGUGUAGGCAUUACCCUUCUUUCUUAUGGACACAAGGGAUUGCUAGAAGCAAUAAAAGAAAGGUGUCCAGAAGCUGGACAUAGACAAUGUGCCAGGCACAUUGUGGAUAAUUUUGCUAAAAGAUUGUGGGGGGUUACUCCUUGUAGUUAUCAAAAGUAUGAAGUUAGGUUCGAUGAUGCAGCAUGUGGAGUGGAUCUAAUCGCAAAGACUUGUGCAUGUAGAAUAUGGCAACUUACAACAAUACCAUGCUUACAUGGAGUAGCUGUAAUCUCUUCCCUGAAUCAAGAUGCAGAAACAUAUGUGUCCCAAUCAUACAAUAAAGAGGCUUAUCUAAAAUGCUACAAUUAUAGCACUAACCCUCUCAAUGGUAGUGAUAUGUGGCCAGAAGUUCCUUCUCGAAAGCCUUUGCCUCCUAGAAGAAUAAGAUUACCUGGUAGGCCAUUAGUGAAAAGGAAGAGGGAUGCAGUGGAAAAAGAGUUGAGUGGACCAGUUAGACAUUCUGUGACAAGAAGAGGAGCCCUGAUAAGGGGUAGUGGAUCAGGACCAAGUCAACCACCACCAGUAGCAGCAGCCCAACCAUCUCAACCAACACCAGCAACAACAACUCAACCAGCAGCAACAACAACCCAACCACCUCAAUCACCACCAGCAGCAGCAACAGCUGCAAGGCCUGUCCCAAGAAUGGACCCAAUUGGUAGAAGUGGACGGAGGCAAUAUUCUGAAAGGAUUGUCAAAAUGGCAUUGAGGAGGAACAUACCUGGGGUCGGGAGCAGUGCAGAGAACCCUGCAGUCCUUGAUUAA